AUGGCGUCGUGCUCUCCAGUCGUGCGUUUCUACCGGAAGGUGAACAGGCUGAAGACGUUAGAAGAGGACAUGAUGGCCACGUCUCUGAGGCGCUGCCUCUCCACACUGGACCUGGCGCUGCUCGGUGUGGGUGCCAUGGUCGGCUCGGGUCUCUACGUCCUCACCGGAGCCGUCGCCAAGGAUAUGGCGGGACCAGCCGUUGUGAUUUCGUUCCUGGUGGCGGGCGUGGCUUCGCUCAUGGCGGCUCUGUGCUAUGCUGAAUUUGGCGCCCGUGUCCCCAAGACAGGCUCCGCCUACAUGUUUACGUACGUCUCCGUCGGUGAGAUCUGGGCCUUUUUGAUUGGCUGGAAUGUCAUUCUGGAGUAUAUGAUCGGCGGCGCGGCGGUGGCUCGUGCCUGGAGCGGCUACCUGGACUCCAUCUUUGACCACCGCAUCCGGAAUUUCACGGAAAGUCACGUACUGCGCUGGGAAGUACCUUUCCUCGCCAGAUAUCCAGACUUCCUCGCGGCAGGAAUACUGCUGGUUGCAUCUUUCUUAAUUUCAUUCGGCGUGCGCGUCUCAUCCUGGCUAAAUCACAUCUUCUCUACCAUCAGCAUGCUAGUCAUUGCCUUCAUCCUGGUCUUUGGUUUCGCACUGGCCGAUCCGGCCAAUUGGAGCGCUCGCAAAGGCGGUUUUGCCCCCUAUGGCUUCUCGGGAAUCAUGGCAGGAACGGCCACCUGCUUCUACGCGUUCGUAGGCUUCGACGUGAUUGCUGCGUCCAGCGAGGAGGCGCGUGACCCUCAGAAGUCUGUUCCCAUUGCAACAGCGAUCUCACUCGCCCUGGCAGCCACAGCCUACAUCCUGGUCUCGAUGGUUCUGACGCUGAUGGUCCCGUGGGACACACUUGACCCGAACUCGGCAUUCUCCGACGCCUUCUUCAGGCGCGGGUACAGCUGGGCCGGCUUUAUUGUGGCUGUGGGAUCCAUCUGCGCCAUGAACACGGUGCUGCUCAGCAACCUCUUCUCUCUGCCUCGUAUCGUGUACGCCAUGGCCGAGGACGGCCUCUUCUUCUCCGUCUUCUCACGUGUUAAUCCCGUCACCAAAGUGCCCGUCAUUGCCAUCUUGGUCUUCGGCAGCCUUAUGUCUGUCCUAGCGCUCAUCUUCGACCUGGAGGCUCUCGUCCAGUUCCUCUCCAUCGGCACGCUGUUAGCGUACACCUUCGUAGCUGCGAGCGUUAUCGUUUUGCGCUUCCAGCCUGAAAAAAAUACCACGGCUAAGAAAGAUGCGCCGGCGCCCUCGCCAGGUCAACAGAGCAACUCCGGCUCCGAGCUCAAGGAGGACAGCGGCGAGCUGAAGGAGUACGAGUCGUUUUCGGAUAAACUGCGCCUGGUGGAGAGGCAGAAGUUCCCGGGUGCACUUAGUGCCCGCUGGGAGCCAUACCUGGGUACUGUACUGGGAGACUGGGCGCCGGGCGAGGUGGUGACGUUCAGUGUGUUGGCGCUGAUGGUGAGCGCCGUGUCGCUCUCCGCAGUGGUUGUUUUUGGAAAUAGCUACCUGGAGCUGCCUACAUGGAGCUUCGUCCUGCUGCUCGUCAUCUUCAGCCUGGCGUUCCUCCUCACCCUCUUCGUCAUCUCCGUCCAUGAGCAGCAGAGGAACACCAAGACCUUCCAGGUUCCCCUGGUGCCGUUUGUACCUGGUGCCAGCAUCCUGCUGAAUGUGUUUCUCAUGAUGAAGCUCAGUCCACUCACCUGGGUCCGAUUCACCAUCUGGGUAGCUGCAGGGCUGUUGGUGUAUUUCGGUUAUGGUAUCUGGCACAGUAAAGAAGGCCUGAAGGAGCCGCAGUGUGUUUCCGCCCGCUACGUGGUUCUGCCCAGCGGGAGUCUGGUGGAAACGGUCCAGAACGUCCAGCCCGAGGGACACACACACACUCACACACCCGCCACAAACGCUCCCACGCCGGCCGUCGACGACCCGCAAGCCAACAGAUGAUCUGCGUCUCUGUACGAACACGUGUUAAACACGCUAACUGUGUAGUGUGCGUGAGUGUGUGUCUUUUUAUGCUUCUCCUUUACUGCCACAGUCUGUUCUGCCUUUCUGAAGACCAUGACUAGGUUCUAGAUUUGGGAAGACUGAUUAUUUUGAGGAAACCCUAAGAGACCGUCUUGGACGUUUGUGUGCGUGUGUGUGUGUGUGUGUGUGUGUGUGAGCUUUCUCUCUAUGUAGUUGUGACUCGUUUGCUUUUGUUGAAUCACUUCCUGUGAUGACUUACUACUGAGGUUCGCCAAAUAUACAGCGGGACACU